GAUAACUGCAAAGAAAGUGUCUUCUUACAUUUUAACUGCCUCAUUUUGUUGCAGCAGCUAAAAUGCAUUUUAGCGGUCUGUUAAUGAUGGCAUAUAUGGUUUUACCUUCCGUCUUUGCUGAGGAUCUCAGUUAUCAAGCUUGUGUGGAUAAGUACUCAAGAAAAGGAUAUCAACCUUGGCAGGAGUGGUCGGAUCAUUACACUUGCCACCGGUAUAGAUGUGAAAUCAGAGACGGAAAAUACUUCAUAGCUGCAGUUGGUUGUCGAAAACCGAAAAUCCCUGAAAAUGCUUUGGAAUGCCACGAAUAUAUUGAAGAUGAGAACGUUGAAUUCCCAACCUGCUGCGCUCGUCUGAGAUGCGUUGUCGAAGUGAACGGGGAUAGAAUCGUCCAAACUAGAGGACAACCUGGAGAGCUGUUCCCUGAUAAGCCUUGGAAGGGUCAGCAGAAUGAGCCAAACCCUGCCGUGGUGGGCAUGGCUGGUAUGCCGCCGUCGGGCAACGUUGCCACCGACCAGCAAGGUCAAACGGCCCCUGGAAUAUUCAACAGCAGAGCCGCGGGUAAGGCGGAGGCAACAGAUAUUAAUGGAAGGCGCUAUGUAGACCCAUUCCCGACUCAGCAAAUGCAAGAAUCACCUCGCAAAAAGAGAUCUCCGGCUCAUAUGAUAUCUAAGAGAAACCAGGAAGAUGAUGUAUACCCUAACCAUUCCGUUCAUCGAGCUAAAGUACACGGCUACGUCCCGGAAAAAUACACGUCCUACUUCGCAACUGGCACCAAAAGCCACGGCCAUCCCAAAUUACUUUUCAAUUAUUCUUAGUUAAAAAAAAAACAUACUAUCAAUAAUUUAAUUUUAUUAAAUUCCUC